AUGUCCCGUUCUCGGCCUUGCAAGAAGUUUUCUUCUCAACAAAUUCCACUGCUAUGUGCAGCAUUGCUCCUCAUUGGAACCUCAACUAUGUUCUUCGUGUUCGUGUAAGAAUUGAAGGUUUCUGAGUUCGUGUUUCGAGUGCUUUUGCUAUGAUCAUGCCCACGCGAAGCGCCCAGCCUUGGAGGAUUUCAGUUGAUGACAAGUUUUAUUUAUUCCUUUUUAGCUGCCCCCAUUUGGCAAAUGAAUAUUCCAUUGCUAUCCCUGUCUACGAUGGAAUCCUUACUUUGAUAGUUUUGGCCAGUUUCGCCAAUGCUUCACUAAGAGACCCUGGCGUAAUUCCCAGAGGUAAGUUUGCUGUAAAUAGUGAAUUUUUAACUUAACUUACAAUCAGGAGCCUCUCAAGACGGCCACGGUAGAACGUUAUAAUUAUUGUUUAUUUACCCUUGCUUGUGAACGGCUCUUUUUCAUAGCGUUAUUUAUAAUAAAGGUUGAAACUCAACUAUAACCGAUUUUAGAGUAAAUUUCCGAAAGACGGGAAAAAUAAACGCUCCCUGCAGCUGCUUUCUACAAUGUAUGUUAUUUCCCGUUCCUUCGUUUUAUAGACGGAGAAAGGCUUGACACAAUUGUCUAGAAAAGCCUAACGUUAUUUUAAAUGAUUAAGAAAAACAGUGGACGCAAUUUCUUGGAAACCUCAAUAUUGAGACGAAAAAACACGUUAACGUUACCGACAAGCGCAACGCACAUACGCCAUGGCCUUUUAAAGUUUUAACCAUUUAAUCUCGCUUAGUUAUUUAUUGCUAAAUUCUCAUGUUAUUGUUAGAACAAACUCAAUUAAGCAGGUCACACGAACAAGAAAUGUGAUACUUCGAUGAAUUCGAAUUCCUCCCAAAUAGACAUCUGCUGCAAGGAAGUGAAAUGUUAUACUGAAUCAUUUAUAAAGACGAAAAUUUACUUUUAUUUUGGAAUAAUGACAUGUAUCAACGGAUCAUGCUAUAUCUCUGGACUGAGACAGAUAUUGAUACUUAAAACAUUGUGUUAUAUUGUUUACAGAUUUAGUGUCAGACAUGAUGUAAUUGUUUUAACUACCAAAAAAAAUACUUAAAAAUAAAUUAAAAACUCAUGAUAGUACUUUUUAAAGACAUGUUUGGGCAUGACUCAUGCAGUCAUCAGUUAAUAAUUUUGUAUCCAUUUACUUUGUGUAUAUUUUCAAUAUACCUGUCUGUUUAUGGUUUUUUCUUCAUGAUUGUGUAAUGAAAGUUUUUUUUUUUCCUCAACAUGAAAUUUAUGGCAUUGAAAUUUGCUGCUCCUAGGUAAUUAAGCAAACAAUCUUUUGCUCUGAUAUGCAAGCACUAUUAAGUGAAUAUAGGUGUCUUUCUAUAAGUGAGUGAAUAGUUAAGUCAUAUAGACUUGUUUCAAUAAAAUCUGUGACCAAAAAGAAAGACAGUUGUAAGGUUUUUUAUUUAUUGAUUGAUUUAUUUGCCACACUACAAUAAAAAUUUCUAAGGAAGCAUGAUAAGCUAAGAUGUAACGUAAGGAAACCUAUAUGAAACCGCAAGAGUUAUAUGAUGUUACAUUUCCCCUGAAAAGAACAAAAAUUUGCAUUGAUAUGGAACAUCAAACAAGAUGUAGAGGUGUGAAGCCAGAUUCAGAUCAAGGGGAAAAGAAUAAAAAAAAAAAAGGAAGAAGUAAAUAAUUAUUGAUUGAGAAUUUUGCUGUAUAUUAUCAAAAGGAUACUAGAAUUGAAGUGUUUAUAAUUUUGCAACUUAGGGUACUGAAAUACUUGGGACCUUAAAAGGAAACAGAAAACUGUGUUAUCUUUUUCCUUGAAAGGUUAAGGGUAAAACUAAUAAAAUUUUUGUUGCAAUAAAUAAUUAGGUUAACUACUGGUGUAGCAUAUCUGUAGCCUACAUGUGAUAUUUGCUUUGCAGAAGAAACAUCAACUUCUGAGCAAGAGGAUGACUUCAGAGCUCCUCUAUACAAGAAUGUUGAUAUCAAUGGCAUUACAGUUCGCAUGAAAUGGUGUGAUACCUGCAAGUUUUACAGACCACCACGAUGUUCACAUUGUAGCAUUUGUAACAAUUGUAUUGAGGUAAGGGUUUAUUAUCAUCAACAUUACUACUACUAUUAUCUCUACCAGUCUAUGCAACAAGCUUUCAUGAAAUUACUCGCUCAACUUCAAGUUUGAACUGUUAAAAGCACCACAGUUUUGUUGUAGCUAAUACUGAAAGGAGGAAAGUGAAAUCUAGUUGUGUAUUGAGCAGAAAUGUUUCAACAACAUUGCUGGUGGAGUUAGUCAUUCUCCAAAAGUUGUUAUAUUAUCUUCACUUUGGUUAACCUUUUACUUCCAUGAGUGACCAAAACAGAAUUUCUCUCCACAAUAUCAAUACAAUAUCAAGCAGGCAAGUGAUAAGAAUAAAACAAGAUAUCAAUUAGAGGAUUGUUAGUUGAUCCAAUAAAUAUCACAAGCACUGUAUACCAUCCAGCAAGGAGAAUUACUAAUGAGAUCUUGAGAGUGUUAGGGUUAAAGAAUAAUUUCCAGUGACCUUGUUCCAGGUCUGGCAACAAUUCCAGUGAAAUACUUUAUUGAUAAGACAUAUUUUCCUUUUUCUCUUUGCAGAAUUUUGAUCAUCAUUGUCCUUGGGUAGAUAACUGCAUUGGCAGAAGAAAUUAUAGAUAUUUCUUUUUCUUUGUGUUUUCUCUGUCUGUUCACAUUAUAUCUGUAUUUGCCUUCUCUUUGAUAUUUAUUCUUGAGAAAAAGGAUGAAUUGAGGGAAGCAGCAGUGGCGUAUCCUUACCUUGAUAUAAAAUUCUUACUGAUAUCUUUUACGUCAAUGGAGGCAUGCACAACACAUUUACAGUGUAUGUUUCGAACAAAAUUUGGCUGCUCUUUAUUCCUGUGGCUUUCUCUCAAGGACCAGGUACUGUCAAUUGUAAUUCUUUCUUUUUGACUGACAUACAGACUUUAAAUUGUCAAGUGUGAAACUUAAGACCUGGUCAGGUCAAUAUAACCAGGCAUUAACUUUCAUGUUUUAAUCAGUCAUCUUGGAGAUUUGAUUUGUCAAUUAAAUAUAGGAAGAUUGAUCAUUCCUGGGUAUCAAAUGAGAAAUACAAAAAUGUUUUGUGUAUUGAUAUACAUGUAUACUUAGCCGAGGAAAUGCUUUAAAGGAAAUGUUAUCAACAAUAAAUGAUACAGCACACAGUACUCGGGGAGAAAAAAGUAACAAAAUGUCUGUAAGUCUUAUGGCCAGCGCAAUGGCAUAGGAUGAGAGUGAUGAAGCAAAGGGAUACACAGGGGAAGGGAUAUGGAAGGAAAACUUCAGAUAAAAAGAAAUUUAGUAGGCCUGCUACACUGAAGGCAGGUCACAAUUUUGACAGAGAUGAUUAAAAAUUCAUUCCUAUGAGAUUUUUUUUUUUUUUGAGAAUUGUUUUAAUUUCUUUACAUUUCACUUGAAUGAGGAGGUUAUUCACUUAUUAGCAGUGUUUUAACCUUUUUUCUGUAAUUGUAUAAAUCAGUUAAGUUAACCAAUAAUUACAUAAAAUCAACAUUUUGCUGUGUUCAAAUCAUCCCUAUGUUUGUGGGUGUCGUGUAUGUUUGCCACCUUAACUUCUGACACAGAAUAGCUAUUAUGGUGGUGUGUGGUCUGACGUCUAUUCCAGUGAUUGGAUUAACUGUGUUCCACAUUGGACUGGUGGCCAUGGGACGCACAACUAAUGAACAGGUGAUAACUAAGGCAAUUUAAAGAGUCUAAUGAUGUAUUAACAUGUAUAAACAAGUAAUGACAUUUUACAUUAAUUUUUUCUUAUUAUUUCUAAUGAUUUAUUGAGCAUCAAAUUUGAGGAUUAUUUCUGAUUUCAUCAAUAGAGGCAUGAACCAUGUGAUUUUCUUUAAAUAUCCUGAAUCUACAAUCACACUCAAAAUUAUGGGUUUUUGUCAUCAGAAUGGAAAGGUUUGAAGCAUAUAUAUUUUGGAUAAAGUUCACAAUUUUCUAAAUAUUUCAAUAGAACCCCAUUUGGAAUUCAUACUGUUGUUUUGUUUAAAAAGUUAAAUUUAGAUGCUGAAAGUACUUGAAAAAAGUUACAACCAACCCACUAGAAAUGUUACAAAAUUAGGUUUUAAUCAAGGCCAUUUCUUCCCCAGGAGCAGUAACAUGGGCAAAGUCCAGAUAACUUAGUAAAUAGCAGUGGCUGUUUUUCAAACAAACUAUUCAUUUAUAAUUUAUUUCAUAAGAAAUUGAAGUAACCUCCAAUUGUCUAUUACAUCUUUUCCAAGGUGACGGGAAAGUUCCGCAGUGGUCAUAAUCCUUUUGAUAAAGGCUGUAAGAACAACUGCUUGGUGACACUUUGUUCUUCUCAAUAUGCAAAGUAAGGAGUUUUGGGUUCAAUUUUUCAUAAGCAUACUGAUCUCCAUACUGAGGAGCUUUUAUAUUUUCUUAAGUCAAUGAUGUGCAGUUAAAUGAUGUUUCGCCCUUUAUCCUGUGAUCUCAUCAGGAAUUUUGCCAUACUGUCUACUAUACAAUUCUUAUGAUGUUAAAUCAGAGAAUUUGGUAUUGGAUAGACUAGUAAUAUAGACAACAGUAUGGAGAAUGUGCACAUUGAUGUUAGGGUGUAGAGGAUAAAUCAAUAGCAGCUACUGGGUUAGAGUUAAUUACUGGAUUUCCAGGGAAUUGGGAAUGGUUCUCUAUCUAAUGGCUGGUUGCAACAGGGUUGUAGCUAGUACAUUGCUCAAAUUAUUAUCAAAGGAAAAUUCUGAGUCAUCAUUAUUAUUCUUUCUUCCUCUCUUGUUGGAAUGAAAGGCCUCUUCCUUUCCCUCUCUCUCUCACUCUCCAGGCUGUUCUAUCCUUUUCAGUUGUGGAAAGAAGUCAAAGCACGAAAAAUUACACAUAUUUUAAAGAUUUUCACAACCAUUAAUAUUUUUAAAAUUUUUGUUUGUGUAGAUAUAUUGGCUAUAUGGAAAAUGUAGCCAAGGAGUCCACUAAGAACAAAAAGAGAAUAGAGAAGAAAAAGGAGAAAGAAAAGGAUGCAAACAAAUCUGUUGAUGUUGAGUUAACUGAAGUUAAAGUUGAGGUGACAAGUAAUCACUCCAAUCAAAAGUCACAGGUAUACCACCACAGUGAACUGCACAGGCUACUUAUUAUUUGAAUUCCUGCAUUUUAGUUCUCACUACAGGUUAACCCUAAGACCUUCCGAAUGAUUAGCAUCUAAUUUUUCCUUACAUUGUUACUACUGAAUCAAAUACUAAGGUCAUCAGAAUACAGGAAAUGAUCACCAGCUGAAGAAGCUUUCAAUCGUUUUAUUAAACAAAUUCUCCUUUUCAGUACCAUGAGAAAUGUAAAGAGAACAGCAUGGAAAUUAUGCAUAGUGAUGUUUGGGUGUAAAGGGGUAAGGUACUGUCAAGAAUGUAGGUACAUCUUAUGCAGGGCUCUUGCUGGAGUCUGGCCUUUGAUGUAUUAGAGCCUUACAUGGAAAACAAACACACUUCCGAAAAUCACCCCACUAUUCAUUACAGACUAGAGCUUAUCUUAUGUUAAUAUGCAUGAUUCUCCUAGAAACUUACAAUGCAGUAGAAAUGUAAACAUGUCACAUGAGUAUUCUGUAGGAUGAUGCAGGAUGUUAGGGAUUGUGUGGUUUUGAUUGAAUUCUGCCACACACUCUGUUUAGAAUCCCUUUAGUCAUUGGAAGCAGGAAAAUUUUCAAUUAAUCCUUUAACCCCUAGAAGUUACAAGCAUCUAAUUUCUCCCCACAGUACUGCUGCUAAACUUGAACUGUAAGGUCAUGAGAAUAAACAAAAUGAAUUGCCAACAAAAGAAGCUCUCAAUACUCCUUGUUAAUUUCAUGGGAUAUCCAUAGAAAACAGUACAGAGAAUAAGCAUACUGAAGUUUGGAUGUAAAGGUUGAAAGGAUUUUCUUGAAUUUAAAACUAAAUUCUCAGGAGAAGCCAGCAAAGAUAUAUGUGGAUGUCUGAAAAUUUCCUUUCAUAUUUUGGAGUUGAAUGGGUUAAAUCUAGUGUGACUUAAGUUGAGAUUAAGCUCACUAAACACUAGGUUGAUGUCAUUUUAUUAUAUUGAAUUAUGUUUUAGAACAUUAUGAUUAAUAUUUUCAGGAUGAUAGCAGAGAUGGUAGAGAUAGAAAUAGUCAUCAGAUGAGGUCUCAAGAUGGCAGAUCUUCUGUCCCAGUAACUACUGCUCCUCCACGAGUUUCAGCAACUUAUGUGAAGUCAAGUGUAAAUGGAAGAACAAUAAGUGGUAGCCGUGAAGUCACAGUUUAAUAUCAUGUUUGUAUGCUAUACAAGAUAAUAACCUCUAUUGCUACUGCAGUCCAAGGUGCUGAGUACAAACCUUGAAUUUCAUGGAAGCAGUUGAUGGAUGAAUUUGCUGCUUUUCACCAGGAUUAGCCAGUGCUCACCUGUAAAUUUAACAAGGCAUGUCUUCGGAAGCAAGUGGUACAAUCAAUGGGAAGAGAGGCAGAAAUGUUGGAUACACAAGAUUUGCUGUGCAUAAAUUUACCCCUAAUUAAGAUUGUAAUCGUAAGGACUGACUUUUUUUUAAGGAAGUGAAUUUGUCAGAUCUAAGCAGGUUGCAAAUGUGAGGGUAACUACGCUUCAUAUCUGCCUGCAGUGCUGAAUUAAUAGUUAACUCAUAUCUUUUCAUGUCAAAGUACAUGCAAAAUAUACUGUGUAUUCAAUCUACCUUAAAAGGACUGUAAUGAAGAGUAUAAAGAAUCAGUGAUUGCUGCACAUGGUUUCAAACACAAACAGUUGGGGUAAAAAUCGUUGCUGUUAAAACAGUUGAUGGCAGUAGUAUACUGUAAAUAAUCUGAAAAAAGCGUUGUAUAUUAUCUGAUGCCUAUAGUACCAAUUAAAAGAAGUCGUUUGAUUUUUAAUUUUUGUGUUGCUAUCCUGUUCACGUGAAAUUCACGACUGUGCUAUUACAACGAUUGUUAUAAUAAUAAAUUAAAUAUUUUUUAGUGCUUUUGUUAGUUACCAUGAUAAUGAUGAAUUGGUGCUUUGUAUAGUAAGUAAUUACAGAGUUAGGUUAUUUAGAAAUAUUUCCGUUUUGGCAGCUAUCAUUCAAACAAAGGAUAUAAUAUGUUCUUCGAUUUGUAAACUGCAUUAAUUUGAAGAAGUUUUCAUGGUGAGAGUUAUAAAUGGCAGUGAGUGCUGUUGUAAGAAAACAGUAUAUUUUUGUGCAAUGUAAUAAAUUGCAUGGGGAGGAAAAUUAUGUUAGCCAUUGGAAAGCGGAAAAAUAUAGAGACAAGAGGUAAAAUGUUGAAUAUUACUUUAAGGGAUCUUUAGACUGGUUAGCAUCUUUUGUACCAUAAAGUGGGAAGAGGCGUUAAUUAACAAUAAUUUAACGUAGUGUAGAAAUGCACUAAAUUUCUGUUAGAUCAUUAUUUACUCACACAGAUCUAUCAAUACCACAUGGUUCCUUUACUGUACAAGUAGCUUACUGUAUUUAUCUCAACUUGCAUUUUAUUUUCAUUUUACUUCAGGAAUAAAUUACUCAUAUUUUGACAAAUUGUCAAAAUGUCAUUUGAUUGUAGACUCAGAUAAUAAUUCCUCAAAUCAACUGAAACUGCAGUUUCCAGUCCUGUGAUUGGUAGGAGACAUUUUGAAAAGCUCUCUGUGGCUGAUCUGUUCUUUGUGUGCUUCUUAUUUUGUGGUUUCCAUUGACCUUCAACAUGGCUAAAAAAUGAGUAGGGGAUCCAGUCAUUAAUUUGCUUCUAGAGUUCAUUGACACCCACCUUAUAGGCAUACUUGAAACAACAGAUAAGCAAUUGUUUGAUAUCCUUUUGCAGGCUUUGGCAUAGUGGUCAUCUGUAAAAUAUUUUAACUUCAGGUGUUAAGUAUAUAAACACAUUUCAGAAUGCCCCAUUUGGUCAAAGAGAAUAUGAAUGUAAAUCAAACGCAUUGGCAGGGUUUAAAAAAAAAACAUAAUUGUGCAAUUAUUUCAAGUUAGUCAAACAUUUCCCCCUAACUUGUAAAACUUCAUACAGCUAAGCGAUAGACAUUGAUAAUUCAAGUGUUCUUUUUGUUCAUCUUGCACAAAUAUUUUUGAAGCCUCCUUCACAGUUAUUUUCCUGAAGAAGUCUAACAUUUGCUAUGAUUCUGUACCGAAUCAUGAAAAUACAAUAUGAUAUUUAGUUAUGGCAAUUAAUUGGUUUUUAAUUAUAAUUCGCUCAACAUUUAUGUUAAAGAUAUAAAAAAUAAAUAUCAAAGUCAAUCAC